AUGGCCGGCAUGGGUGGUGGUGUGGUGGAGGUUGGCAGGGUGAGCAGGUGGUGCUGGAGGCCGGAGGAAAGCACGGUGCGGCAAUCCAAACACGAGCUGACGGGGGCACGGAUUAAUACCUGUGAUCAGAAUCUGAAUCGAUGCUGUGAAAUAAUAGAAUUGAACUCUGAGAUUCAAGGGCAGCUCUUCACAAUCCUCAAUGAAACAUCUCGAGAAGGUGGGCAUUAUGCAGGUGUGGAAACAAUAAAAACUCGUCUCUUGCCAUGGCUAGGGACUUGUUUUUCCUGUGCUACUUCAGGAAGGCUCUCUGAAACCAACCUCUCCCUCGCUCGGGAUUCAAUUGAGAAAGAGAAGCAGCUGAGGGAGCACACCAGGGAUCAGACUUUCCAACUGCAAGAGCUGCAGGAAGAACUGACUUCAACUCGUCUACAGCUCAACCAUGUGCAACAAGAUCUGAAGACUUCCCGUGCCCAAGAGAAGGAUGCCCUGAAGAAGUUAGAUCGUCUGAAUGACUAUGAGCAGCAGAUUCAAAUACUGCGGGAUGAAAUUUCUAUCCUGGAUGCCCAAAAGUCUGUUCUCCAGAGCAGGCUCGCACGGAGCCGCUCUCCUUCCCCGAGGCACCGUGAGAGCAAGUCGCCUAGUCCGCUUCUCCUGAGAAGCUGCUUGCCCGGCCGAGCCAGGUGUACGAAUGCUUCGCGUCGCGCCCGCCUGGUGGCUCGCUUCGGUGACAUUUACGCUCAGGAACGCUUGGAUGCAGAGACCCUUUUGAAGACAUACGUCAGUGACGUGGAGAUGGUGCAGAGGAUAAUAUACAUUGCAGCUGUGGAGUCUUUUCAUGCAGCAAAGAUGGCCUACAGGCAGUUCAAAAUACGUGUAAGAGAGACUCUGUCUCUAGGCCACUCAGGGCCUGAGUCACUUGAAGACACUGUCCUGGAUUAUAUUGUUCGCCAUGAGGAUCUGUAUGACGUUCAAGCCAGUGUCAAUGAAGUAAUUCGCUCCAUGAACAUCAACCCAAAGAUUUCAUUUCCACCAGAAAUUGAUUUCAUUGUGAUCAGCACUUUGAUUCAAGAGGUGUGCCUUGUGGCUUUUUCAAUGCAGACGCUCAUUCCUCCUCUUGAUGUUGCCUUUGGUACUGAUGGAGAACUUUUCAGUGAGACCAGGUACUAUCGUAGCUUUGACUCUGACCUCACAGCUGCCUUGGUGGCCUAUCACGUAUGGCCUGCUCUGAUGGAAAACGAUGUUGUAAUUGCGAAGGGGGAGGCAGUCACAAAAAGAGGAGCUCUGUGGUCUCAGAGAAGCAGGAGUAGGAGCAGGAGCCACAGCUGUAGCACCGGUCCUCUUCUAUUGCACGAUUUGUCUCAAAGCCGCAGUCCUUCGCCAGGGAGGAGCGGAAGCCCAA